AUGCCUUAUGUCCGCCUUGGGAAUUCGGGCCUCAAGGUGUCGAAGAUCAUCCUCGGCACCAUGUCAUAUGGUGACCCUCGCUGGGCAGAGUGGGUCCUCCCAGAGGAGGAGGCUAUCAAGCACAUUAAAUACGCAUUUGAACACGGUAUCACUACGUUCGACACUGCGAAUGUUUAUUCUAGCGGACGAUCGGAAAUAAUCCUUGGGAACGCUAUCAAGCAGUUGGACCUUCCUCGCGAGGAGCUCGUCAUCUUGACGAAGGUUUACUUCCCUGUCGCCGAAGAAGGCGAGCGGCUGGAAGGGAAACCGGAGGAGUCCGGCAUCAUCAAUCAGCAUGGUCUGAACCGCAAGCACAUCUUCGACUCGAUCAAGGCUAGCCUGAAGCGCCUGCAGUUGGAUUACGUUGAUGUUUUGCAAUGUCAUCGCUUCGACUAUACUACUCCCAUUGAGGAGACGAUGCAAGCGCUACACGACGUCGUACAAGCCGGAUACGUCAGAUAUAUCGGCAUGAGCUCUUGCCACGCCUACCAGUUCCACCAGAUGCAGAACUAUGCGAUCACCCACAGUCUGACUCCCUUUAUUUCAAUGCAAAAUCACUACAGCCUAAUCUACCGGGAAGAGGAGCGCGAAAUGUUCCCUACCUUGAAGCUCUUUGGGGUGGGCUCUAUCCCAUGGUCCCCUCUCGGUCGUGGGCUCCUCACGCGGCCUGUCGGUGCAGACACCGCCAGAGGCAAGACAGACAAGAUGAUGCGGAGACACGAGAAUGACAUCGUCCCUGCUAUCAGACAGCGAGUUGAAGAACUUGCUAAACGUAAGGGUAUCACUAUGGCGCAGGUCUCCUUGGCUUGGAUCUUAUCGAAGCCGGGCGUCACUGCCCCGAUUGUCGGCACCACAAGUCUCGCCAACUUGGAAGAUCUACUAGGUGCACUGGAUGUGAAGCUGACAGAUGACGAGAUGAAGUUCGUGGAGGAGGAGUAUCGGCCAUUGGCCGUGUCUGGUCACGUGUAG